UUAGUUGUAGCCGAUCAGCGUCUUCACACAGCAAUGUAUAUUUUUCUCUGGAAUUUAGCUCUGUUAGAUGUAUUAAUGGCCGUAUCACUCAUACCAAAGCUGCUCUCUGUAUUUCUGUCACAUAAAACUUUGUCCUUUACAGAAUGUUUUGUACAAAUGUAUUUUGUGAUAUGUUUUGGAGCAACUGAAAUUUUCUUGGUGGCAGCAAUGGCUUAUGACCGCUAUGUUGCAGUUGUGAAACCUCUGCAUUACAAUGUCAUUAUAAAUUUUAAAACUUGUUUAACAAUUGUAGCAUCUGUUUGGAUUUCUGGCAUCAUGAUACCCACUAUAACAGUCAUACCUGUUGCCUUUCUGCCAUACUGUGCUUCCAAGGAAAUCAUGCAUUGCUUUUGUGAUUUUCCAGCUGUGAUAUCAUUAGCUUGUGCCGAUGUUACAUUUUACUCUAAUUUCAUGUUCUGCCUUGCUAUGGUUGGUGUCUAUGGACCUCUUCUGUUUGUUCUGUGGACUUAUUGUAGAAUAGUCUACUCAGUAAUUAAACUCAAGUCUGCAGAAAGCAGGAAGAAGGCAUUUUCUAUGUGCAUCUCUCACGUGAUUAUAGUUCUGAUGUACUACCUUUCCUGUGCUAUGGUCUACAUAGGGCUAAGAAUCAACAACAUCUCUUAUGAUGGACGCAUUUUCAUAGGAGGCUUGAAUUAUUUUUUUACCCCCAUGGUGAACCCAAUCAUUUAUAGUUUGCGAAAUGAGCAAAUAAAAGCUGCAGCACAAAAAUAUCUGAAUUUGUACACACUUUUUCAUAGAAUGGACAAAAUGCCAUUAGCAAUUCAUAGAACGUAG